ACAUAUGAUUGACAGUCACUGACAGCGGAGUCAAAACGCCGGCAUGAUGCGAGAUCUAAGAUUGAUUGCUCUUGUGAAGACAGCACAUUCAUGCGAAUCUCGCCUGUAGUCAUCUAUCUUGGGACGUCCAAACGCCGAUGAGAAGGAGAGCUCUACUGUCGAGAUCCACAAUCUCUUUCCGGCCUAUCUCCCACUCAUUAAGAGACUGUCCAAUAUGGCGCACUGUGACCGACCGUCGUUUCUCCCCACUCGUCACUUCUAGUCAUGUCGUCCAGGCUCCAGGUAGCAGCUGUCGUCACGUUCUACAUGUUCUCGGCCCUCACAGUGAGCUGCCCGAUUCGUACCGCCGCGUGUUUACUCACAAUUCCCGCGUAGAUGGUCUUCGUCAAUAAGGCCGUCUUGGUCAAUGCUCCCGAAACUCCACUGACGUUCUUGCUGCUCCAACUCGCUAUCGCUGUCAUUCUUCUCCAUGCGACCGCAGCUUUCUCCAAGACGAUAGAAAUCCCUAAAUUUGAGAUCCCUACCGCCAAGAAACUAUUUCCAGUAGUCUUUGUGAACAUCGUCGGGCUUGUCUUCAAUACACUCUGUCUACGGGGCGUGGAGGCAUCCUUCUUCCAGAUCGCCAGGGGCUUGGUUCUUCCUCUUACGAUCACUGUGUCUGGCAUUCAUACCAAGGCUGUCCCAAGCACGAGAGUGAUAGUCGCGGCGCUCAUUGUCACCUGCGGCUUCCUUUUGGGUGUGUCCCCGUCGUCAAAGAUCCCCAUCGCCUCGACGCCAUCGUUUCUGUCACUCAGCUAUGGUGUUCUGUCGUCUUUUUUCAUCGCCGUCCACGCGGUUCUGAUAAAAAGCUCGCUCCCGCACUGCGGGAACUCUACAAUCCAACUUGCCUGGUGGACGAACGUGGGGUCCGCCGUCCUUCUUUUGCCUGUCAUACUGCUCGUUGGAGAGCCAGCUGCCCUUCGCUCCAUGAUCGAUAAUCCGCAAUGGGACGCACGGCUGUUUCUUUGGGGCUCUGCUAUCACUGGUAUCUUUGGAUUCCUGUUAUGCAUUGCAGGUCUGCUAAGCAUCCGGGUUACGAGUCCUAUCACCCAUAUGUUCAGCAGCGCGGCUCGCUCUGUUAUACAGACUCUCAUCGGGGUCGUGUACUUUGGAGACUUGCUCACGACUAAUCGCGGUGCUUCGAUCGCUGUCAUCCUGGGGGGCACCAUAUACUUCACGUGGGUCAAAGCGAUCGAGACUGCCCACCGUCCCUCUGAUAUCGAAUCAAAUUCGGAGGAAGGAGAACUUUUGCCAGAGAUAAAAGAGCCCCAUGUAGGAAAUAAGACCGCACAGAAACAGAACGUCGAAUAAUUGUGUAGAGCUGUAUUUGUAAGCAAGUUGUGAUUAGAUGGUGGCUGUGCCGUAGUUUCCAGCAUCUCAGAUCCACUGGUUGGCUCCGCCCUUUGUGACGGGUUUAGGGAGCCAAAAUCAGGAUACUCCGAUGCCAGUCUCUGAUAACGGACAUGGGCGGUCAAUCAGCCCCCUGUUUUCCAGGUCUCCAGCGCCCGAGAGCCCACUAUCGACGACAUGGAAGCCCCCAUUCUCCAGCGCCUUGACUCUACGGCCUCUGAUGCGACGUUGGUCUCGUCGCCCAUCCGCCACGAGGCUGUCGAACGUCCUCUCGGAGAGACUGAGGUCUCGUACUUCCUCCCCUCGCGGGCAUCGGGGGUGAACGACAUGUACCUGCACCUCGGUCUGCGCGCAAACCCGGAGAUUUUCGACCGCAGCCGCGUGUCUGCUGCGUGGGCCAUGCUCAGGCUUAAACACCCCCUUGUCGCCUCCACGGUCAAGAUGAAUGAUUAUCAUGACAUCAAAUUCGUGUACAAUCCUCCUGCCAGUGUGACCGACGCAAUCGAAUCUGCCAACGAAUGCCUGGAAUACAGGACCCAGGGCAAGGACGACCUCAUCGACUCGUACCUGAAUGGGCCGCGAACUCUGUCGAGCGAAAGAUUAUCUUAUCUGAUUAUAUCUGAGCCGGAGCAGGACGAGUCAGAGGAUGGCACCCGCAACUUCGACCUGCUCGUCUGCGCGGCGCACUACAUCGGGGACGGGAUGGCUCUUCACCAGUUCUCGAACGAGCUCUUCACUCUCCUCGGCGAAGGGCGCAGCGCAGAGGAUCUCCAGUUCCUGCUCACAGAGGAGUGGCACACCAAGUGGGGAGCGAGUGCCAAGGCAGCUGACACAUCGUCGACCCUCCCGAUUUCUCUGGAGGACAGGCUGCCUCCUCGACCGGAGGGCAAGUUCUUCCGUGCCGCAUCACAAGUCGAUUUCCAGACCAGCGAGUCCCGGCUGAUGGGUGGACAUGCCUUCCCUCGGCGCUCUGGUGGCGAGCGGAAGACGGUCGUGCCGACUGUCUCCUUCGACGCUGACAAGACCAAGGCCAUGUUGAAAAAGUGCAAGGCACAGGGUGUCUCGAUCAGCGCAGCACUCUUUAGUCUCAUGAACGUCGCCUGGGCCAAGACCCGCGGAGACAAAUGGGAGCUGCCCAUGAUGAUGUACUCGGCUCUCAACUUGCGUCCGGUUCUCACCGCGAGCAAGGUGCAAAACGAGACAUACUGGUAUCUCGCUAUCGGAUACUUCAACGUCGUGCUCCCGACAUUCAUGCCCAUUGAGAAUGCCGAGGUCACCGAGAAGCUCUUCUGGCACCGAGCCCGUGCGGCCAAGACGCAGAGCACCAAGGCAGCCAAGAACCCGCUGCUUGCGUCGCGGAGCUACGAGAUGGCCAACGAGCGCGGGAAACGGGCACGUCGCUUUGCCAAGGAGGACGACGAGAAGGAAGCCGGCACCUGGCAGGCCCCGCCCCCGAAGCCGACAUCGGCGGAACCUGCGGCGCCCAAACAGGCGCCGUCGACCGCUCUGAUCGGCUUGUCUCUUCUGGGCAACCUGGACGGCGUCUACAAGCAUGCUACUUACCCUAGCAUCAAGCUGCACACGCUGACCACUGGAUCCCGGCAGCGUGCCGGAGGGAUGCUCUUGUUUGGAUACACGUUUGCUGGCAAGAUGUGGAUCAGUCUGGGAUACGACAAGGCGGGCUUCGAUGAGACUGUCGAUACAUUCUGGGGACACGUUCUGUCCUCUGUAGACACACUGUUUGCUUAAAUGGACGCUAGACGCGACAGUGUAUUUAUGUACUACAAAUCUGGCAGUUCUCGCUGUAUUAAUCGAGCCCAUGUAGA